AUGAUGGUACAAAGAUUAUCUUAAACCAAUUAAUAGUCCGCAAAUAGCAUACGAAAGAACCAACAGAGUUGUGGAUAGGAUCCCUCGUUAUUGUUAUCAAGGAGGAUCAUGCCUCACCAUUCUGCUGGCCUCUAGGACGGAUCGCGGCACUACAUCCUGGUAACGACCAAGUUACAAGAGUGGUGACAGUGAAAACGGCGAGCGGCGAAUACAAACACUGCAUAAAACAUUUAGCACCACUACUUAUAGAUUCCAUUUUGUCACACUCUUAA